AUGAAUAAAAACAAAAAAAAAGAAAAACUUAAAAGGAAAAAAAAACACACUAAUUCUAAUUUAAAUCUAUGCAAAGAGAUAAAUGACGGUUUUAGUAAACAUUCAGACAAAUCACCAAACAAUAAAAAAGAAAUAUGUAAUCAUAAUAACACUAACAAAUUAAAAAUUAAUAACAAUGAUAGUUCGAAAAAAGAAAUAAUAUCGAAUACGUCCAAUCAUUACACACCCGAAAAUCCUCAAUGUGUAAAUAAAGAAGGAAAACAAUGUGGUAAAGAAAAUAGCGAUAAAGAACAGAAUGGUGAACAUAGUGGUGAACAGUGUUGCCAAAGCGGCAAAAGCUUGGAGCCCAAAACUAACGACGAAUUAAACAUGUCUCAAAAUGACACGUCGAAAAUUCGAAAAAACAAUUUUGAAAUAAACAGUGAUUGGGUUACAGGAAAAGAUAAAGGAAAUCAACAUGAUGAUAUAUCAACUCCAGUUUUAAAAAAAAUUGAAAAUACAAAAGGGGAAUCGGGGAUAGAAGAAAUAAAAAAGAAUGAUAAUUCUAAAGUUAAUAAAGACGAAAUAUAUAAUUUGCUUAAUCUAAAUAAUAUGGAAGAAAUCGAGAAAAAUAUAAAUUAUAUAUUUCCUUCUAUAGAUUUUGAUAAUAACAAAUCAGAAGGUAUAGUAAAUGUAAAAAAUGAUGAUAAAAAAUUUGAAGAAGAAAUAAAUAAAGAAAUAAACAAAUUUCAAAAAGAUAUUAAGGAUGUUUAUUUUCAUCACAACUUGAAGAAAGGAAUGAAAAAAAAUAAAUGUGUAAAUUACGAAAAGAAUAGGAACCAAUUAAACUCUACAUGUGAUAUUAGUUUAAAAAAUAUAUUUUUAGAAAAUGAGUUUGUUAAUUUUUCAGAAAUAUUAAUUAAGGGAAAUAUUUUUCUUAACCUUAAAAAAAAAAUUAUAAAGAAAAAAAAAAAACGAAAAAAAAAAAAAAGUAAAACCAAACUAAAAACACAAAAUUAUAAAUUAAUAAAAGAAUUGUGUUUAUUCGAUGAUGCAUAUACAAAAGAAACAACACAAACACAAAGAAAAAAUGAAAAAAGGGUGAGCAAAUAUUAUAUAUUUGAAUACAGUUGCGGUAAUACAAAAAUACAAUCUAUUACUGGAUGUAUUAUAUGCUACAAGAAUUAUGAGUUUUAUAAAAAUAACAAUAUAAAAUGUUUAAAAAAAAAUAUAAAGAUAUAUGAAAAUGAUAGAAAUAACAUAAAUAUUUCAAAGAUAAGCCAAAAAGAGGAAAACAUAUUUGAAAAAGACAAAUAUAAAAAUCAUAAUUUUAAUAAAAACAAAAUAAUGAAUAUUAACUUAGUAAAUGAAAAAAAUAUUUCAGUUUUAUUAUGUGUUAAUGUUUCAAAUUGUAUAUCUCCUUCUGCUUUUUUAGAACUUUUAUACCCAUGUGAUAAUUUUAUAUUUUUUUUAAAAGUUUUAAAUAAAAAAUGUUAUGAAGAAUAUAUGAUAUAUUUCUUAACAUUUAGUAUUUAUACUAAAAAAAUUCUGAACAAAGCUAAAAAAAUAUAUUUUUUUAAUAUGAAAAAAAAAAAAAAAUUUAAAAUAUAUAUUGUUAAAGGAAUUACAAUGAAUGUAACUUCUUGUAUUACCAGAAAUAAUAAUUCCAAUUCUUACAUUAAUACAAAGAAAUUUUAUAACAUCGAUUUGGAAAAAAAAAUUAUGUGUGCAAAUAAUAACAAUCAUAUUGAAAAUAUACAAUUAAUAUCAAAUACUAAUUUUAUUAAUCCAUUUUAUCUUAUAUCACAAAACAAAUUUCAACUAUCAUGUGCUGUAUGUCUAGAACCUUUAUAUUCAGAAAAUUUAAACAAAAUUAUUUCUCACAUUUUUAAUUUUAGUUUUCAAAAAAAAUAUGCUUCAAAAAUUAAAUGUAAUAAAGAAAAUUAUAUUUUGAAUAAUAUAAAUUCUGAAUUUAAUGCUUCUACCAAAAUAAAAAAAGUUAAAACCAACUCAUGUAAUAAUUUUAUAAGGGAAGAAAAAUUAAGCAUUGAUAUCAAAAUCGAAAAUUCCAAAGUAAAAAAAAAUAAUAUUAGCGAUUAUAAUAACAAAAUUAAUAUAAUUUCAUCUAUUUCACCAAAUACUAAUACUCCUUAUAAUAAUAUUUUUCUAGAAUGUUACAAGACAAAUGAUAAACAUAGUAAAGAAGAAAACAAAAUUCAAACAUAUCCCUCAAAUUAUUAUUAUAACAAUCUUAAUACAUUAAAUAAUUAUAAUUUGAACGAAUAUGCAUACUAUUUAUCUGUUACAAAUCUUAUAAAUAAUAUGCAAAAUAAAUAUAAUAGCCAAAUGAAAAGAGAAAGGAAACAAAAUGAUAAAGCCAAAAUUUUUAAUAAUGUUCCUAUAAAUAUAUUAUGUAGCCAUAUAUUUCAUUCUAAUUGUUUGAAGAAAUGUUGUUUUACUUCCUGUCCAAUAUGCCGAUAUAAACAAUAUAAUUAUGAAAUAGCUAAUUGUGAUAUUUGUAAAAAAAAUUAUAAUUCCAAAAUAUGUUUGUCUUGUGGUUUUAUUGGAUGCUCUUUUAAUUAUGAUAAAAUUGUUAAAAUCAAAAAAAAAAAAAUUAAAGAAAAAAAACAGCUUUUAAAAAAAAAAAAAAUUAUAAUAAAAAAAAUAUCUUAUAUUUUUAGAAAAAUAAUUAAAUCAUUUAUGCCAAUAUUUAAUACCAUCAUUUUAUCUCUAUAUUAUAAAAGUAAAAUAAAAUGUGUAUAUAAAAUACGAACUAAUCAAAUAUGUAUCUAUAAAAGAAAGAAAAAUAAAUAUCUCUCCACCAAUUAUAAUAAUAAACAAACGAACUAUAUUACAUAUUAUUCUGAUAGUCAUAAUAAAAAUAAAAAAAUAUUUAAUCAUAAAUAUUCCACACCCCAAAAUAAUAAUUGCACACAAAAUGAAAAAACACCAAAUGAUACUUUAUUAGUAUUUUCAAAUAAUGACAAUAUAUAUAUGAACAAUUUAAACAAAUUUUCUAAAUAUAUUUAUAUAGGAAAAUUAGCUAACAAAAAAAAAAAUGUUUCAUAUUAUUUUUCUCAAAGCAUAAAUAAAUGCAUUAUUAAGAAGGAUUCUAAAAAAAAGAAUGAUUUUAUCAACUCUAAAGAAAAAAAAACUGUUAACAAAUGCAAGUUACAAAACAAAUUUUUUAAUACUAAUAUUAUACAGGCAAAUAAUAAAAAAGAAACUAGAAAAGAAAUGAAUAAAAGUGGCAAAGACUAUAUGCACAUGAACAAAAUCUGUGCGCUGGAAAAUAAUUGUAGCAUUGUAGCUGUAGAGAAAUAUAGAAAAUAUCCCUUAAAAAAAAAAAAAAAAAAAAUUAAUGAUCAUGCAAAAACUCAUUUUUAUGAAACACAACAUAAUUAUUUUUUUGAUGUUAAAAAAAAUUCAGUUUAUGAUUAUAGUAGUGAUAUAUAUAUAAAAAAAUUAAUAAAUUUAAAAAUUCAAAAUAAAAAAUUAAAAAAUAUAUAUAAUACAGGGAAUAUAUAUACAAAUGGAAAUAGUACAAACCAAAAUGAAGAAAUUAUAAAUAAAAAAAAUAUUAUAUUAUAUAUAUACGAUUUUAACCAAUUGUUAAAUGCCUUAUUAGAAAGCCAAAGAAAUAGUUUUUUAUCAUGUAUACAUGAUUUAAAAAUAAAUUAUGAAAAUAUUAACAUGGAUAAUUUAAAUGAUAUUAAUAAAUGUGUUAAGGAAAUAUAUAUUUUACAAGAAAAAAAUAAUAAUCUAAAAAAUGAAAUAAAAAAAAAAAUUAAUGUACUUAUAGAUAAAAUAAAAACAAAUAGUGAUUUAUCUCGGGAACUUAAAAAUGUGGAAACAAUCAAUGCGAAAUUAUGUGCAGAUCAAAGAAAACAAAUAUAUAAUUAUGAUUUAAAAAAUGAGCAAAAAAAAAAUAUUAUCAAAGAAAAACAGCAAAUAAUAAAGGAAUUAAACAAACAAAUAACUGAUUUGAAUUUCCACAAACUUGUAUCUUCAAAAUUUUCUCAAAAUUCAGAAAUAACAAAUUCUUUUUUUAUGAUUGGAGAAAAGAUAACAAAUAAGACCAGAUUUAAAAAGCGAUAA